AUGUCGGGUUCGCAGGUUAAGCUCGAGAAGAUGAAGCUCCGGCAAGAUUACCGGAAUUUAUGGCAUUCCGAUCUCAUGGGCACCGUCACCGCCGAUACUCCCUAUUGCUUCUUGUCUUGCUUGUGUGGACCUUGUGUUUCAUACCUACUUCGUAAAAGAGCACUAUACAAUGACAUGUCAAGGUAUACUUGUUGUGCUGGAUAUAUGCCUUGUAGUGGAAGGUGUGGAGAAAGCAAAUGCCCUCAACUUUGCCUUGCUACCGAGGUUUUCCUCUGUUUCGGAAACUCUGUGGCCUCUACCCGCUUUCUUCUGCAGGAUGAAUUCAAUAUCCAGACUACACAAUGCGACAAUUGCAUAAUUGGAUUUAUGUUCUGCCUCAGCCAAGUUGCUUGCAUAUUCUCUAUAGUCGCUUGCCUUGUUGGUAGCGAUGAACUUUCCGAGGCUUCUCAGAUUCUAUCUUGCUGUGCUGAUAUGGUUUACUGCACGGUCUGCGCGUGUAUGCAGACACAACACAAGCUUGAAAUGGACAAAAGAGAUGGAGUGUUUGGAUCUCAACCAAUGGGCGUGCCACCGGCUCAGCAGAUGUCCCGCUUUGAUCAACCCGUCCCUCCUCCAGUCGGAUAUCCUCCUGCAUCAUACCCGCAGGCUCAAGGCUACCCUCCUGCAUCUUACCCGCCGGCUCAAGGCUACCCUCCUGCAUCUUACCCGCCUCCCGGCUAUCCCCAACAUUAA